UUCCCCAAAGCAUUUCAAAAUUUCAUCCUUCCCUUAAAUUUCAAACCUUUUUUGUUUUCCGGCAAUGGAGGCACUAGUUCCGUUGCAAACUGCCGGACAAAGACUUUCAGUUAGAGUGGUUUCACCCGGUUCUGUCUCGAUCAGACGUUCGGUUUCAGGUUUUGCCAUGGACAAAAGGAUCAAUUUCAGGGCUCCUUCCCUUCUCCCGAUCCGGGCUCAACAGAUGGGAAGCUUAGGUGUUGUUGCUUCUUCUUCUUCAUCAUCAGUAGAAAAUGAUCUUAGAAUCAAGGAAUGGGAAGUAGACAUGUAUCAGAAUGAAAUAGCUAUUAGCCAAGGUAUCAGGAUCAGGAGAAAACCACCAGUCAAGGCUCCAUUAGAAUAUUCUGGACCAUUUGAGCUGAGAUUCCAUAAUAAUGCUGAUUCAUCUCCAAGUAACAUCUUGGAGGAGAUUACUUGGUACAAAGACGAAGAAGUUUCUCGGAUGAAGGAACUAAACCCACUUGAGCUGCUGAAGAAAGCUGUAGAGGAUGCUCCUCCAACCAGGGAUUUCGUCGGUGCGCUUAGGUCGGCUCAUCAAAGAACUGGCUUCCCUGGUUUGAUCGCUGAGGUUAAGAAGGCUUCUCCAAGUAGAGGAAUCUUGAAAGAGAAUUUUGACCCGGUUGAGAUUGCGCAAUCUUAUGAAAGAGGAGGUGCCGCAUGUCUCAGUGUUUUGACAGACCAGAAGUAUUUCAAGGGAGGCUUUGAAAACUUGGAAGCAAUAAGGAGGGCUGGUGUGAAGUGUCCUCUAUUAUGCAAAGAGUUUGUUGUAGAUCCAUGGCAGAUCUACUAUGCUCGAACUAAAGGCGCUGACGCAGUUUUGCUUAUUGCUGCUGUAUUGACUGACCUAGAAAUCACCUACUUGCUUGGGAUCUGCAAGAAGCUUGGUUUGGCUGCACUUGUUGAGGUACAUGAUGAGAGUGAGAUGGGUCGUGCUCUUGGAAUAGAAGGAAUCGAGCUAGUUGGCAUCAAUAACCGCAGUCUUGAAACAUUUGAAGUGGACAUUAGUAACACAAAGAAGCUUCUUGAAGGAAAGCAUGGUAGAAUAAUCCGCGAGAAAGACAUGAUAGUGGUUGGUGAAUCCGGUCUGUUUACACCUGACGACAUUGCCUAUGUACAAGCAGCUGGAGUUAAAGCAGUUUUGGUUGGUGAGUCCAUUGUGAAGCAAAGCGACCCUGAGAAAGGAAUAGCUGGACUUUUUGGCAAGAACAUUUCUCAUACUUAGAAACCGCAUCGUCUAAUUUCACAUCUCCGAAAAUGUUUUCUAGUUACAUUUGUUGUAUGUUGUUUGUUUUAGACAUUUUCAGAAUAAAUUGAAUUGAAAUCGCUU